CUCUUGAACCCGGCCCAGCUGACGCGCCGCGGCGCAGCGCACGGAGCCGGAGGGGAGAGAGCGAUGGAUGUGCAACUCGCCCCCCGGAGAGCCUGGGACGACUUCUUCCCCGGCUUCGAGCGCUUCGCCUGGCCGGAUUGCAAAGACGUGUCCAAAUGGAACAACCGGGUGGUCAGCAACCUGCUCUAUUACCAGACCAAUUACCUGCUGCUGGCGGCCGUGGUCAUCUCCGUCGUGGGAUUUCUGAGCCCACUGAACAUGAUCCUUGGUGGCACUGUAGUAGUGCUGGUGUUCACAGGUUUUGUGUGGGCAUCACACAACAAAGACAUCCUUCGCAAGUUCAAGAAGCAGUACCCAACUGCGUUUGUGGUAGCCAUCCUGCUGUCUAGUUACUUCUUGAUAUCCUAUUUUGGAGGUGUCAUGGUGUUCAUAUUUGGGAUAACAUUUCCUCUACUGUUGAUAUUUAUCCAUGCGUCUCUGAGGCUUCGGAGCAUAAAGAACAAGCUGGAGAAUAAAAUGGAAGUAAUAGGUUUGAAGAAGACCCCUAUGGGCAUAGUCCUUGAUGCCCUUGAUCAGCAGGAAGAGAACAUCAACAAACUGGCUGAUUACAUCGCUAAAGUGAAGGAAUAAGGGGCACAUAAUAUGGCUCUUAUCUGUUGCAGGAAUUUAGUUGCUAUUUACUCUUGUCAAAGCUUGCUUUCAAUUUGUCUGUGAGAUGCACGUACUGUACAGAUUGACAAUGGCAAGAUACAGGUAUACAAAGUUAUUCAGGGCUCCUCUAAGACUGGGGAGGAGAGAGUCACCUUUCUAUAAUAUGGUAAAAUGUCUUCCUGUUAGUGCAUUUGUGUGUAAUGGUUUAAAGCACUUGUUUUCUGGCAGGGGAGGUGGGGGAGAAACAAACAUGAAUUGCAGUCUCUGAACCUGUUCUUGGUAGCCAGUGUCAUGUCUAAGUAUUUAUAAUGCACUUCAUUGGAGGGAUGGUAUGGGGUGGGGGGACUGUUUAGUGCUCUACUGGUUGGCUAACAAUGUCAGCAGACAAAAAUCUGUCAAAGUCAGAAUUGGCUGAAUGCUCUGCCAAUACACUUUUUUUUUUUUUUUUUUCUUUUCCCCCCCCUCCCCCCCCCCACCCCCCGACUUCCCUAAAAGACCCUCUAGGGGGUGUCAUCUUAACUUACCUUUUCAAGUGGGUUAUAUUCAAGCCAUCUUAUCUGAAGUAGCAAAUGGAAAGAAUAAAUUGACUAGAGCGCACAAGUCACCUCACACACUCCUAGUCUGUUCACAAAAUGUAAUAUUUUCUUAUAGCAGGAGAUCAAAGUCUAAAUGGGCAACAUAUGUAAACUAUAUAGCACCCUUGUCCAGCUCUGCCCGCAAUACACCUAUGCAAAUUUGACUGAAUUCCAUAGGAGAGGCGCAUGUGUCUCUGAAGGUUAUUAUGAGCCUUAAAUGUCUCUGUGAAAUCUUCGCUCUCUUGAAGUCCAUGGAAGGUUGUGUGGUUUUUUUUUUGUUGGUUUUUUUUUU